GAGGGAGGAGGAGGAGGGCGGACGAUGGCGGCCGCCUCUCUCUGGAAAGGGCUGGUCGGGGUCGGGCUCUUCGCCCUGGCGCACGCCGCCUUCUCCGCCGCGCAGCAUCGUUCCUAUAUGCGAUUAACGGAGAAGGAAGACGAGACGUUGCCUAUAGAUAUUGUUCUUCAAACUCUGCUGGCCUUUGCAGUUACCUGUUACGGGAUUGUUCAUAUUGCAGGAGAAUUUAAAGAUAUGGACGCUACUUCAGAGCUAAAAAAUAAGACAUUUGACACAUUAAGGAACCAUCCAUCCUUUUAUGUAUUUAAUCACCGGGGCAGAGUGUUAUUCCAGUCCCCAGACACUGUCCAUUCUUCCUCCAGCCAGGAUGCUUUGUCAUCCAGCACAUCACUGAAGUUGCGAAAACUUGAACCUCUGCACCGUUAAAAAAUUUUAUAGACGAUUCUAAAAAUAUAGGACACUGAGCUGUAAUAUUGGAGCUGGAUAUAAACACUUUUUUAAAAAUUUCUGGAGCAGUAUUUAUAUUGAUCUUCCAGGCUUUAUAGUAUGUGUGUGCGUGCAUGUGUAUCCACACACACAUGCACGCACAUACAUGAAUCUAUUAAAAUAUAUUAAAAGGUCUUUUGAACACUGGUCAUGACAAAUUGUGAAUUGGCAAACAGUGAAAGUUACUGCUAAAAUUAUGCAGUGAAAUAUGCAUUUUUCCUUUCAUUAAAGCACUAUGGUUAACUCACUUCUGAAUUAUCAAAAUCUGUAUCACCAAGUGCAGAUGAUUUUAAUAAGCACAGAAAAGGAUAUGUUGUAUUAUUUUGUUCAACAGUAAAAUAGUUGCGGGUGGCUUGUCUGCUUUGCUGUCUCGUAACUCUCCUUCCACACAAUGUGGUAAUUCCUGCAUCUCGUUUAUUGGUGCUCUGUGUGGAAUAUCUCCCCGCAGAGCCAGUCAAGAUUAAUCUUUUACAAGUAGGAAUUUAGCCAAGAUUUUGCCAAAGGGGUAUGGACUUGAUUAUUAGCCAUUGACUGCAAGUUCCCCGAAAUGCUCAGAGAUUAUAAAAAGUGUGUGCUUUUUGAGAAGUCACAAUGGCCAGGUCAGCUGUAAUCCAUUCACUUCUGUCAUCAAGUUCUUUACUUAUAUCACGUCGUCGUCAUCCAUAUAGCUUGUAGCCAAGAGGAGCUGGAUCGAAAGACUAGGAUUCCUUCAGUAAAAAGGCUCAAGUGGAUGGAAAUGGUAGUCUAAAACAUGCAAGGUGACAGGCAGGUGGGGAAGACUGACUUAGGGAGGAAAAAGGUGGUUUGACAGCAUGCCAAGUUUGCAGACGGAAUAGACUUGGAUUGUCUUGCAACGAUUUCUUGAUUUCGUUUUUUGAUAGUGCCUUUUGAUUUAGCUCCCACUCAUGUGUGCUUUUAAAAACAGGAUAAAGGCCGUGUUCUUGUUCGAGCAACUGAACACGUUCAACUCGUUUUUCCACUGUGCUACGUUUUCAAACCUAAUUGUAUUGGAUCACCAGGCUUCUUCCAGAUUUACCCACCUUGCAAUAUUUGGGGUGCUCCAAGUUCCCUUCAGUUCAAUAAGUUUGCUCCGAGCUUGAUUUUUCACAGAAUGUAACCAACCUCAAAAUUAGCAACUAGAGAUGUAGAGAAGUUGAAUGUCUUGUCUUCAAGAGCAUUGUUGCCCCGUGCGUUUCCGGGGACGAAAGUCGGACUCCGAGUGGGUGACGAGUCGGAUGUGCUCGUGAUUAAAAUAAAAUGCAUGCACUUUACAGAUCACGGGAUAGGAUCUUUCCCUUAGAUGACAACUACUCCAGGGCAGGAAAACAAUGUACAGAAACUGCUUGAACCCAGAAUUUUUUUUUUUUAUCUUGCCAGAGAAGCCGUGCUCUGGCCAAAGAAUCAGAACUCCAGACUUGACUGUGAUAGAUAUUGGCCUUUCAAAACCUGGCAUUGGUGCCAGUUGGUUCAAUGUUGUGGUCCUUCCUUUGAAUUAAGCUCAGCCUUAGCCUUGCAUUCUCUUUUUAGGUGAAACUUGUCAGACAUCUGUAAGGCGGUUGCGUAGCUCUGUUGGUCAUCUUCCUCCUAAUAUCCUGGUGUUAAAAUACCUGCUCAAAAGUAGCUGCCCAUUGGCUAUUCUGUCUCCCGCUCCUUUCUGGGCGAUUGUUUCUUCUAGCAGGUUUUUAAUUCAGUUUGGUACCUAAUAACAUUCUCCAGCCCAAAAUUCAAAACAAUGAAGUGGGCAGUUAAUAGGGUGACAUCCAAAACAGCUCUAUAAAAUACAGUGUUUGCUGUUUUAGUAUACGCUGUUCCAAGCUGGGGCCCUUGUUUGUUCUUUCUCCUGACCCUAAUCAGAGUCCAGUUUUGCCAAGAACUUGCAAAUUUUGCUACAAAAUGGCAGUCUUUCUCCAAAGUCAGUCUUUUCGUGCAUUUGUUAUGGAUUUUGCACUCUGUUCAAGCAUCUUCUGGGUCUCUUAAACUUGCAAGAAAUGAACAGGUUCCCUUUCACUAUCCAUGGUUAUGUUACAAAUGUGCAAAUUUUGUUUCUUUCCCUUUUUGCUCUUGCAAUGUCCAAUAAAGAACUAAUGUUAUUCCAAAA